CCACCUCAAAAACGCGCGUUCAAGGGUGGCCGGUGUGCGGUUGUUGAUUGUCAGUGAUUCGCAGUGUGCUCUUUCGUGCGGGUGCAUCAGUGAACGGCUUGCCUGGCUACUUCGUACACUGGAACAUUGUCAGCGGACGUCAACGCAUCGCAGAGCCGGAAACGCUUCAUCAUGUCUAACCUGGGACUGGACAUCGCCCUGGGCCUCAUCAAGGUUCUGGUGUCAGCGUGCGACGUCAUCACACUACCGAUCCACUUCGUGUGCCAGAGGCCGUGGGACUACUGGAGGAAAAAGCACCUGGCGUUUGCCAAAUGUGCAAUUGAAGGAGACCCCAGUGCACCCUAUGUGCGGACCUACAGCAAUGGGCUGGACAGUCUCAGUGGUGUACGAACCAUGGACGAGCUGACGCGAAAGGCGAUCCACACGUUUGGCGACCGUCCUUGCUUCGGCUACCGCCCGGUCCUGGGAGAGAGUGAAGAGAAGCAGGAAGAUGGGAAAGUCUUCAAAAAGCUUGUCCUGGGUGACUACAAGUGGGUGUCUUACAAUGAAGCGGACGAGAAGAUUGACUUGAUUGGACGUGGCCUGAUGGCUCUUGGUGUACGUCCCCGCCAGAAUGUCGUCAUCUUGGCCGAGACGCGCAUUGAGUGGAUGCUGGCAGCCCAGGCCUGUCUGCGCAUCAACAUCCCAGUCGUCACCCUUUAUGCAACACUUGGCGAAGACGGCAUCAUCCAUGGCAUCAAUGAAACUGAGGCCACCCACCUCAUCACCUCUUACGAUCUCAUGCCAAGGAUUGCGAAAAUCAUCGACAAGAUUCCAUCCCUGACGCACAUUAUCUACAUGGAGAAUCCUGUGGCCAAGUCUCCCCCUGUGGCCCCGACCGGGCUCCACCUCGUUCCUUUCGCCAGGCUGGAGGAGAGUGGCCGCACUGCCGAUACCGAGUUGAGAGGAGAGACGCCCACGGCUGACGACGUUGCCAUCAUCAUGUACACGAGCGGCUCCACGGGUGUGCCUAAGGGCGUAAUGAUCACCCAUGGAAACAUAGUGACCACUGCCCGCGGAUUCAGCGUGAUCUGCAAGGACGUCGGCGACACUGAUGCCUACAUUGCCUACCUACCUCUCGCUCACGUCUUGGAGCUUGCAGCUGAAUGCCUCUCGUUUGCCUUGGGAGCGAGGAUUGGUUAUGCAUCUCCACUCACACUGACGGACAAGUCCACUGGAGUUCAGAAGGGCUGCAAGGGCGACGCAUCUCUACUAAGGCCUACCAUCAUGGUGUCUGUGCCGCUCAUUUUGGACAGAAUCCGCAAGAGCAUCACAGAAGUAGCAGCUACGAAGGGCCCAUUUUUUCGACGCAUCUUUGAGUACCUCAUCGCCUACAAAUCCUUCUGGCUUCGACUUGGCUUCAACACGCCACUGCUGAACAGGAUGGUGUUCAACAAGAUGCGGGCCCUGCUUGGCGGCAGGGUGAAGGUGAUUGCCACAGGCUCUGCGCCUCUCUCGGCUGACACGCACGAAUUCAUCCAGGCCUGCCUCGACUGCUACGUUGUGCAGGGAUACGGCCUCACUGAGACUGCUGCCGGUGCCACCAUCAUGGACUUGGACGACAUGAGCUUUGGUCGUGUGGGUGCACCCUUGGUGGGCUGCUACAUCAAGCUCGUAGACUGGGAUGAGGCAAACUACCAUGUGACGGACAAGCCGUACCCACGUGGCGAGAUCCUGGUUGGGGGACCGUGCAUCACCAAGGGCUACUACAAAAACGAGGCACUCACAAACGAGUGCUACCGGGAAGAAGAUGGCAUCCGCUGGUUCUACACGGGCGACAUAGGAGAGAUGUACCCCGACGGGACGGUCAAAAUUAUCGAUCGCAAGAAGGACCUGGUGAAGCUGCAGUUCGGAGAGUACAUCUCGUUGGGCAAGGUGGAGACGGAGCUAAAGACUUGCCCUCUCAUUGACAACCUCUGUGUGUAUGGAAACUCGUUCCACACGUACCUGGUGGCGCUAGUAGCGCCCAACCCCAAGCAAUUGCAGAUUCUUGCUGACAAGCUUGGCCGUGGCCACCUGACCUUCGACCAGCUCUGCAAUGACCCUGUGGUGGUGAAUGCGGCUGCUGAGGCCAUCAUCUCUCAUGCCCGCAAAGCCAACCUGCAGAAGAUGGAGAUUCCAACCAAGCUGAAGCUGUGCCGCGAGGACUGGCAGCCAGACACCGGGCUCGUCACUGCUGCCUACAAGAUCCGCCGGAAGAAGAUCCAGCAGUUCUACCAGAACGACAUCGACGAGCUCUACGACACAUCGAUGCGGGCCUCUAAGUCCACGUGAAGCCGCUGCACUCACCGCCGGCAAAGAGCGAAGAGAAGCCGCCGCGCAUCACCGCAACCCACUUCCAUCGAGUGUCGUCGUUCGUCGUCGUCGUUUCCACUUGCACAAGAGCUGCGCGCGCACACCCCCGCGACCGUUUUGUCGGAACUCUGCCGCGACUGCGCGUGUUGUGUACAUAGGACUGUGUUGUACAGAAGAGACACAUCUCUCCUCCCCAUCCCAUGAGACCCCCUCCUCCUGCCUCAUUCCGGUGUGCAAGUGAGGGAACUGUGAUAGCUGCCAUUUCGUGUGGCAAUGUCGGGAACUGUGGUAGGGAGGAUCUGCUUUAGGAUAAGUAAGCGCGCAAGCUUUGUGCAAUGAGCACAGUGUCACUGUAGUUAGACUUGCUGUAAAAAUACCAGUGGGUUGACAACAGAAUGUCGUGAACCCGUUUGUACCAUUACAGUAGGUUGCGCAGAGUGACCCAGCAAACUACUGUCAAUGUAAGUAGACUCUGUCUGAAGAAUAAGCUGCUGGGACAGUUUUGCAAGUACACUUGAGCCUUGUUCUUUUACAACACUUCUUUUUUUUAACCUUCCAAUCAAGUCUUCUGUGCGCACAAUUUUUUUUUUAGUUCCCUCCGCAUUCACUGUGUGCAGUUUUUUCUUUGUUGGGCAGUCAUGUGUUCAGUUUUGGGAGGGCGAGCUCUUUGCAUCCUGUGUUAAUUUAUUAUGCAUAAAUAAUAAAGAUAACGAGGAUGUUUUUUUGCAUUUAUUGCAAGCAGCAGUGUUCCCUGGUGUCUGUGACUAUUGGAGGGGAGUGUUUUUAACUACCUACCUAAUGGAGUAAAGGCCAAUUUUUUGUUUGUUUGUUUGAAAGGACAGUUUUAGUGUUCCUUGUAAAUAGUGAGAGAACUUUGUGCUGCUCUUCUUUAUUUAUGACAUUCGCUUGUAUGCCGUUGACUUGUUCAGAAAACGGGGGACCAUGUUGCGUGUUCUUUCAACCUGCGUGUACCCUCUCUUCCUUCUCUCUCCUCCACAUCUUGUCUGUCUCUUCAAAUGUGUUCGACUCUUUAUGAGCUUGCAAGUUGCUCCAACUAAUAUUAUUGUGCCUUUCAUUUCCAAGGCCCCCAAAGAGAAAACAAUAAAUCUACAAGCGUUGAACUCGUG